AGUGGAACAUUCCAUUUUUAGACAGAGGAAUCUCUGAUGAUUAUUUUGAAGUAUUUAUCUUUUAUUCACGAAAAAGUUGAAGCACUACAAAAUUUUGGGUUCACUUAAUGACUGUCGGCCAACAUACUACCAUGGCCGUGUGAUCGAUCAGAUAGCCAGCGACACAUGAAUCAUUUCCGGACGGAAAUUGUCAGUGUUAAAACAAAAUAUUCGCGCUUUAUAUUCAUGUGAAACCACCUACUGGAAAAUGAAACGAGAAAGUUUGUAGCCAGUUGAGAAUUAAAUAUAAUAUUUCAACGCCAGAGAACAAUCAGCCGAAACGGAUUUUUAGCUAUGAACCUUGAAACAUUUUCAGACGAGGAACUUUUCUUCCUGCUCAUGCUGGUCCUUUCAGCGGCAAUCAUGGUCCUAAUAUGUGCGUGCCUAGUCUGGAUGAGAUUUUGCCCCACUACAAAAUCCAAUGAACGGACGUCUACACAAGAAGAAAGAAGCGAAACUGAAGCGACUGCAGGACUGUUUGACAGGUCAGCCACAGAAACUGAUGUAGCAGUCAACAACCAGUACUUGACGGCUACGGUACACCAUGCAAUGCAAGACAUCAUGACCGCAAUCACAAAUGAAGUUCAACCCGACUCCACACUGGGGCAACACCCUGAAGACUUGUACCAUCGCAUUCAGGAAUCCGUUUCAUAUGUUGUGCAAAACAUUGAAAAUGGGGUUCCACGGGUGACCUGUUGUCGAAGGGGACAAGAUGUUUCGCCUGCGUCUUCAGAACCAGAACAUGAUAAUCCACAAGCAGCAGGUGGGGGAAGUUCCAGUUUGGUCCGUCAUGAGACAAAUGAAGUACAACUUGAAUCUAUUGAUGGAGGAACAAAAGAACCGCAUGUAACCUUUGUUGGAAAUGCCUAUCGAUCCUUGGGUAAUUUUGAGUUCAUGAGUGGAACUGGUGAUACUGCUGAGAUAGGAACAUGUAGAUCAGCUGAUGCUAGAGGUACUGAUGAAAGCACUGUUUAUCAAGGAGUUGAUGUAGCAGUGCAGGAAGCUGUUCGUGAUUACUUCAACAGACCUACAAGGGACAUAUUGCAGGUAUAUACAUCAUCGUCAGAAGCCGAAGUCAACACAGACCCGUCGUUAGAUGAUUACCAGGCUGUCAGAGGUUACCUUACAAGAAUCAUUGAUGUGAUUUCACUUCAGUGGUUGAAUGAGCAGACAACAGAAUCAGCUUCAGAUAACGAAUAUACAAUUAUGCACAAUUGUGUGGCUACACCACAAGAUACUUGUCAAUACAAUAUAAAUAGUGAAAGGAAAAUCCUAGAGAGGCCGUUACCGGAUACAUCACUGCUUGCCUCUCGUCUGAGUGCUAUAAGAAAACUACCUUUCACCAUUGGGUCAAGAAAACGGUCUUUUAACGACGCAAGCCGGUGUCUUUAUGUCAAUGUAAAGGGGUUCGUGAAACGCCAUUAAAAGUAGAAAAAAAAACAUUUCAGGCCUUGAAGGGCCACGGUGUAUUCCUCCUGUGGGGAUAUUUUGGUGAUUCACUCGAGGACAGGUUGUCCACCAGUGGUGUCUGGUAUACGGAAAGUUCCUUUAGUAAGCUGGAUUGGUCAGGUUGAAUAGUCGGGACUAAAUGACUGAGACUAGUAGAAGCGAUACUAGUAUUCAGGUUACAUGCUCAGUAAUUUAGACAAAAAACAAUUAGUAAACAUCUGGUAAAGGGUCGAUUGUCGUUUGAUGAAGGCCACGAAACAUUCAAUCAUUCAUUCAUUCAUUCAUUCAUUCAUUCAUUCAUUCAUUCAUUCAUUCAUUCAUUCCUCUACAUUUGAAAAUGUAAUAUAUCCGAAAGCGCAUCGUGUCUGAAAAAAUUAAGAAGUUACUUUAGAAGCUAAGAUGCAUGUACAUAAUCGCUACCCAAAUGUCUAACUAUAGCCAUUCGGCCGAUACGUUGUCGCGACAAUCAAGUGGCUGGUAUGAUGACCAAUGUUCAUAUUUAAUCCAUGUAUGUCUCCUGAUUGAAAAAUAUCGUCUUAUGCACGACUGAUAAAUAUGUAUAAUGUCCAAU